CUGGUGGUGGCGACUAAAAAAGGGAGGCGUGAGCCGGAAAAAAGACCAAGGACACUGUGGCUGACGAUGCCUGGACGUGGAAGGGGAGGAAGCGGCUUGCACUCUCGUCUGAAAAGACAACUGACAGAAGCAGGGCAGAUUUAAAAUAAGGUUGUCAUGCUGUGAUUGGCUUGAACACACAUUCCCUACUCUGAUUGGUUUACACUACUGUGAUUCGCCCAAAAUAGCUGAUCAGUACAAGAGGAGAGUGUUAACGUUUUACCACCUUGGUAGUUGUUAAUAGGGAUACAAAUAAAUAACGGAGUAUAUCCAUCUAUUUUUCUAUCACACAACUACUUUGCAGCGGCUCCGUUCAGACUUUAGCACCGCCCAUGACAAUUCUGAUUGGUUUAAAGAAAUGACAAUAAACCAGAGCAUGUUUUCCUCCCAUUCCCAAGUAGCCAGACCUUCCUUCCCCGCGCUUUGGAGGAGGGUCUGGCAACGUGAGACUUUGUAAAUAUUAACUUUUCAUCAGCCUGCUUAAAUCAAUAUCACAAGGGCCAUGUUGAACAGAACUACUGUUGACUAAACAUAACCUACAAUUACACUUUUUUUUUAUUUUUAUCAAUAGAUGGAAUCAAAAUGGGAUACAUGACCUCAGUAUUUAGAAUAUCUAUAGUUUACUUUAGUUUCUUUAUUUAGCUUAUCAAAUAUUACAAACGUGAAUUGGCUGUACAUCCCUACCUGUAUUUUGAACAAUAAAUAUGCCUAAACUGAAACUUGUCUUUCAACUUACUGUUUUAUUGAUGUCAGUGUAAAAGUAAAGUUCAAUAAACCAACAGGGACAUUCUAAUGUUUUAAUUAUAUUCAGAGGCUUUUGCAUGGGUAGACUACACUGUUAUGGUCCACAGAAAAUUUGAAUGGGUAUUUCGUCUAAAUCUGUUAGCACUAGAAGAAAGGAAUAUGCUCUAAAUGCUUGUGUAUCCCCUUAAUAUGUGCAACUUUAGCAUGCGUCAUGCCUGCCUAAAUCAUCAAUAUAUAAAUGAAUAUUCACACAUAUAACAUACUGGAAUCUUUUGUCUUAGUAUAUCCAUGACGUCAAUCUCAAUUUAUUUGACCUAAUUUAGACUGCUGGCCUGCUGGCUAGAGUUACCUGUGUGAAAGUGACACCCGCAGCUCAUGAUCAGGUGGUCACGUGAGACAGAACACAGCUUCUGGAGAGGUCCACUGCUACAGUGUAUGUGCCAGCCUUGCUUGAUCCUUUCUCAUUAGCGAAAGGCCCCACUUCAAUACCCCCGUGGAUCAAUUCAAACCAGCUUUUCAAAAGAUUUACAGGAAUUAUUCUACACCAAAAGGAGCAUCGUCAUCGUGUCGACUCUCCACAACCUUUGGGAAGGUUAUUUGAUUUAGUGUCAUGACUGUAAAGCAUAUCUCAGUGGAUUACAUCAAGACAAAUGAAAGAGGCACCUUCUCUCCUGGGGACAUCCUGUCUGGCAGGGUGACAGUAGUGACCAGCAAGGAAACCAAAGUGCAGUGUUUAUUGGUCAAAGCCAAAGGAAAAGCUAAGGUGUCAUGGCAUCAACAAGAAGGACAAGCCACAGAGAUGCACCGUGACAAGAAGAUCUACUUUCAUUUGAAACAUAUUAUUCUUCAGGAUAAGAACAAAGGAGAUGGUUCAGAAAUCAUCCGCCCUGGGAGAAAUGUGUAUCCAUUCUCCUUUGUGAUUCCAAAGAAAGAUAUGCCUUCAUCUUACGAGGGGAAAUGGGGCAAAAUUACAUACAGUUUGCGAGCACAGCUGACUCAGUCGAUCUGGCUCGUCCACAAAACCAAGACCGAGUUCCCUUUUCUGACCAACUUCCCCUUUGCCUCUAAAUCGGAAAUGGUGAUCAUUGGACUUAAGGAGCAACAAUAUGCAACCAGGAUUUCAUUUUAUGGCUCUGCAAAGGUUACAAUCAAUGUUAGUUCAGAAAAAAUGGGAGUAAAGCAAGGUGAUGCGAUAGGAGUCUCUGUAGAGGUACUGAACGACUCUGCACGCACAGUGACACCCAAGUUCUACCUGUGUGAAAAGCACACCUUUGUUUUCCAGUCCAAGAGGAUCGUUCACACAAAUGACACCCUCUUUGGUACAGGAGACUCUGUUCCCCCUGAGACCAGUCAGACCAUAACCAAAGUUCUGAGUAUCCCUCCACAGCUCCAAACUACCUUCUUCAACUGCUGCAUGAUGAAGCUCGAGUACGAACUCAAGGUCACUCUUGAUGUCCCUCUGGCAAGAGACCCAGAGAUCAAACUUCCUCUGGUCAUUCUGUUGGGUUCGCCAAAACCACAUAAACAAAAACCAAAGAGAUCCAUCUGGUUCAGAAAGCUUCCUACUUAAAAAAUGGUCAUUAGAUCAAGGGACAGUGGUGGGCAUGUGCUGCGAUAACAAGGAAAACCAGGACACAGAAUAACACGUCAAUAUAGCAGCAUAAUAAAUACAUUUAUACUGCCUCAAGUGUCUGAAAAUUGACUGUAUGUUCUCCUCUCCACUAGAUGGAGAUAUGUGUCACCAAGUAGCCUUCCAGAUUCUUUUGAGUGUACAGUAUGUACUUAAUAAAUCCAACUACUCAGAUCCUUCACUUACAGUAAGUAAACCAAGCAGUAUCACAAUGUAAAAAUAAUUCAUGGCAGUCACUCUCGUAUAUGGGCAUAUUAUCAUCUAUUACAUUAUUAAAUGAAUCCUGAUGCAGAAUAUUUUACUGGUCGAGCUAGUUGAGCUGCAGCUAGUUUUGAGGUAGUUUAGUUUCAUUGUAUUGGGGUAAUAAGGAAGAAAAAAAUAAGUUUGCUGUACAAAUCUCUUCAUUUUGGAAUAUUGUCUAAUCUUUGCAUUUUUUUGUAAAAUAUUUUAUACCUUUGAGCACUUUUUAAAACAAAAUUGUGUGAGAAGUCUAGGGCAAGGUCUCUUUGGUGAAACUGCUUAAGUACCUCCCAUGACUGCACCAGAGUAGACAAAACGUUUUUUAAUAGAUACGCUUAUUAAGGUGAGAAAGGAUUGUUCUAUAUAAACAGGCUUAGGCCUAACAAUUUAUUUGAACCAAUAAUAAUAAUAAUAAUAAUAUACAUUUAAGAAGUAAUUUUUCUUCUCUUCACAAUCAUGGCUGUUGAGAAUACAUGGCAGCA